AUUUGCACACCCUAUCUUCUUCCUCAUCUUCCCAGCGUCUACAGACUUUGAGAAGUAAAAACAGACACUGAAUUUAGGGACAGACCUCUAAAAAUGUCCCUCAUUUCUCUCUCUUAUAAAUUCAUUAGUACGGAUUACAGAAGAUUUUCUUCUUUACAAUCCCAAACGCCGUCGAGAUUUUCCACAGCAUGUCCUUUGCUUCUCCCUCAAUACCCUUCGUGUCCCCAUCUCCGAUUUUUUUCUUCUUCUUUUUCUUCUAUAACGAGAAAAACCCUAGUUUUCUCGAAGUCGUCUGAAGAAGCAGAUAUCACUGAGACGGAGGACGAGUGGCUCAAAAGCUUGCCUGAUAAGAAGAAGCCCUUGUACUCUCACAGUCUGCCUUGCAUCGAAGCGUGGAUGAAGAAUUUAGGGUUCUGUCAGAGCAAGGAGGAUAGAGCCGUUUGGUUCGUUGAAAAGCUCGAUUGGCAUGCCCAGCUCUCGCUUGAUGUCACUGACCUAUAUAUAAGGUACCUAAAAAGUGGACCAGGAAAUCUUGAAAAGGAUGUGGAGAGGAGAUUCAGUUAUGCACUGAGUAGAGAAGAUAUCGAGAAUGCAAUACUCGGAGGACCCUAAGGGGAAGAAUUGUGAGUCUACUUGUUUGGUUAAAAGGCUGCCGAUGACUAUGUUGUCUAGAAAGGCUGAGUCAGUUGUAUAGUGUUUUAUUCACAAUUCAAUUAUGUCGGUGACUUCUCUCCACUAUGCAUGAAGAUCUAAAAUGUUAGUUUGCUGCUGUCAAUGACAUACCAGUUAGUAAAAUGUUAUGUUCAUCAUGAUUGAGAAUUUCUGAUUUGCAUUUGCUUGACCUAAUGUUCUGUGAAGUGUUAGUAAGCCCACCCUUUGAUUCUUGCAUAACGUAUUGAUCGUAAUGU